CGGCAUGAGGCUGCCCCCGAAGACGUGCUGGCUGCUGCUCUGGCUGCCGCCUCUGGCCGCGCAGCCCGCGGGCGCCGAGCGCGGGGAGGAGGCGGCAGCCGUCUCAGUUUCUAGGUGUAAAGCUUUGAAGGAGAUGGAUUUAAUUGAAGCUUCUCUGUCAGACUGUUACUGCUACAAUCAAAAUUCCCAAGUGAAAUGGAAGUAUAUAUGGUCAACUGUGCAGGUGAAAAUUACCAGUCCAGGCCCGUUCAGUGUUGUAUAUAUCACAGAAAGGUAUAAUUGCCAGUAUCCAGAAACCAUUCUCUCCAUCAUCAGAUGUAUGAUUCAUAACUUUUGGACACCAGAGGAGUCUAAUGAUACAACCAUAAUCAUCCAUCCAUACGGACAGACUGUCUGUUUCUCUGUGAAGCCAGCCGGGAAGAUAUUUAUCUAUACAAUAAGUGUGAAACAAAACAUUGUGGAUUUCAAGCUCGUCUUUGUGUUUGUGGUGGGCAUCUUCCUCUUCUUUUACGCAGAGACCUUGAGUCAAAGCCCCGUUUUCUUUUACUCUUCGGGGACUGUGCUAGGUGUUCUAAUGACAUUAGUCUUUGUCCUGUUGCUGGUGAAAAAGUUCAUUCCUAAGUAUAGCACCUUUUGGGCUCUAAUGCUUGGUUGUUGGUUUGCUUCAGUGUAUAUUCUGGGGCAGCUGAUGGAAGAGCUGAAGAGACUGUGGUAUGAAAGCAGAAUGUGUGUAUUAGGCUACGUCCUGACAGUUGGCUGCGUUAGCUUUGCUGUUUGCUACAAGCACGGGCCCCUGGUGGAGGAGAGGAGCAUGGUGCUCCUGGCGUGGCUGCUGCGGCUGCUGUCCCUGCUCCUGGUGUACGUGGGGGUGUCCGCGCCCCAGUUCGCCUGCACGGCCGCCCUGCUCCUUGUCCUGUCGUCCGGGAGUCGGUGCUAUCUGCCGAGCGCGCUCGCCUGUGUCGGGAGGAAAAUGAAGAAAUGGUUUACAUCAGAGAAGCUGGCGGUGAAGUUUCUUACUGAAGACGAGUACAGGGAACAAGCUGAUGCCGCCACAACCUGCGCCCUGGAGGAGCUCCGCCAGGCCUGCCACAGCCCCGGCUUCCCAUCCUGGCUGGCGGUCUCCAGGCUCCAGGAGCCGAAAAAGUUUGCAGACUUUGUUCUGGGAGGAAGCCACUUGUCGCCUGAAGAAGUGAGGCUCCAUGAGGAACAAUAUGGCCUUGGGGGCGCCUUCUUGGAAGAGCAGCUCUUUAACCUGAGGACUCCUGACAGUCUGCCUGCACAGUGACUUCAUCCUGGACAAGGAA